AUGGGUGAAGCGCAGGGAGACAUCGCUGUGGUGGGAUUAGCCGUGAUGGGGCAAAAUAUCAUCCUCAACAUCAACGAUCACGGGUUCACGGUAGUUGCUGCUAAUCGAACCGUCUCGGCUGUGGAUGCGUUUCUUGAAAAUGAGGCCAAGGGAACAAAGAUUAUCGGUGCCAAAUCCUGGGAAGAUAUGAUCAGAAAACUGAAGAAGCCUCGCCGAAUUAUGCUUCUCGUAAAAGCGGGCUCUCCUGUCGAUCAAACGAUGGAUAUCUUGAUGCCUAUGUUAGAAGAAGGCGACAUCUUGAUCGACGGUGGAAACAGUUUAUAUGCGGACACCAAUCGCCGUGCUGCCAAGUGCAAAGAAAAGGGAAUUCACUAUGUGGGUUGUGGUGUUUCGGGUGGUGAGGAAGGCGCAAGAUACGGUCCAUCGUUGAUGCCUGGUGGAGACCCAGCUGCUUGGGAACACCUCAAACCAAUCUUUCAAUCAAUCGCUGCAAAGAGUGACGGAGAACCAUGCUGUGAUUGGGUUGGAGAAGGAGGCUCUGGACACUUUGUGAAGAUGGUGCACAACGGAAUCGAAUAUGGAGAUAUGCAACUGAUUGCUGAAGCCUAUGAUCUUAUGCACAAAGGGCUUGAACUCAAGCAUGAUGAUAUUGCAGAGGUGUUUGCCAAUUGGAACAAAGGCGAACUUGACUCAUUUCUCAUCGAGAUCACAGCCAAUAUUUUGAAGUUCAAGGACGAAAGCGGAAAAACUCUCUUGCCAAGAAUACGAGAUGCCGCUGGACAGGUAAAAUCAUUUACUCGUACUGGAAAAUGGACUUGCAUAGCGGCACUCGAUUAUGGACAACCUGUGACCCUAAUUUCUGAAGCGGUAUUUGCUCGUUGUUUAUCGGCGCUGAAGGAAGAACGCGUGAAAGCUGCCGCUAAACUCAAGAAGAAGACUUUCAACGUGGCUGAAUUGAUUCCUGACAAACGAGGUUUUAUCAAACACAUUGGCAAGGCUCUGUAUGCGUCAAAGGUGGUCUCGUAUGCUCAAGGGUUCAUGCUUUUACGUGAGGCUUCUAAAGAAAUGAAAUGGAAUCUCAACUUUGGAGCGAUCGCUUUGAUGUGGAGAGGAGGAUGCAUUAUUCGAAGUCGUUUCCUUGGGGAUAUCAAAAAGGCCUUUGACACCAAUCCUGAACUGACGAAUCUACUUCUCGAUGAUUUCUUUGUGAAAGCACUUGAGGAGGCUGAGCAUUCUUGGCGAGUUGUGGUGUCGGACGGUGUCAAAUUGGGAAUUCCACUCCCCACAAUGUCUGCCGCUUUAGCUUUCUACGAUGGUUACACUAGUGAAACUCUCCCCGCAAAUCUUUUGCAAGCCCAACGCGAUUACUUUGGAGCCCACACUUACGAACUUGUGGAUGAACCGGGAAAAUGGGUGCACACCAAUUGGACAGGACAUGGUGGCCGUGUGACAAGCAAUGCAUACUCUGCU